AUGUCUCCCUCAGCGCCAGCAGCACCAAACAAGGAGAAACGGCUCAUGUUCCACGUAACAUUCCACGUCGCCGACAAGGACGCCGACGAGUUCCUGCGGCACCUGCGCACGACGUUCGAGGCCGUCACCGCCGAGCCCGAGUGCCUGUUCGUCGACACGUACUGGGACCCGAACCAUCAUGGCACCAUUCGGAUCGUCGAGGAGUGGGCGUGUGAUCGGGAGUGGUUUGUGAAUGUCCAAAUGCCCAAGGCAUACUACGACCCGUACCGCGUCGCGACGGAGAAGAUGUACAUCAAAGAGCGUACCGUCGAGGACUGGGAGCGGAUACCGGGUUGGUGGAGGCAGAAGCCGGAUUACAAGCCCGAGUAG